GGCGGGGCCGUCCCUAGAGUAGAGAUGGCGGCGACGGCAGCCGAGGUUGCGGCCUCUGGCUCUGGAGAGGCCCGGGAAGAAGCCGAAGCUCCGGGUCCCGCCUGGGAUGAGUCCCAGCUACGAAGUUACAGCUUUCCGACCAGGCCCAUCCCACGUCUGAGCCAGAGUGACCCUCGGGCGGAAGAGCUCAUCGAAAAUGAGGAGCCAGUGGUGCUGACCGACACAAACCUUGUGUAUCCUGCACUGAAGUGGGACCUCGAAUACCUGCAAGAGAAUAUUGGCAACGGAGAUUUCUCUGUGUACAGUGCCAGCACCCAUAAGUUCUUAUACUAUGAUGAGAAGAAGAUGGGCAAUUUCCAGAACUUUAAGCCAAGGUCCAACAGGGAGGAAAUUAAAUUUCAUGAGUUCGUUGAGAAACUACAAGCUAUACAGCAGCGCGGGGGAGAAGAGCGGUUGUAUCUGCAGCAGACACUCAAUGACACCGUGGGGAGGAAGAUUGUCAUGGACUUCUUGGGUUUUAACUGGAACUGGAUCAAUAAACAGCAGGGGAAACGCGGCUGGGGGCAGCUGACCUCUAACCUGUUGCUCAUUGGCAUGGAAGGAAAUGUGACACCUGCUCACUAUGAUGAGCAGCAGAACUUUUUUGCCCAAAUAAAAGGCCAUAAGAGAUGCAUCUUAUUUCCUCCGGAUCAGUUCGAGUGCCUCUAUCCAUACCCUGUCCAUCACCCCUGUGACAGGCAGAGCCAGGUGGACUUUGACAAUCCUGACUACGAGAGGUUCCCCAAUUUCCGAAAUGUGGUUGGUUAUGAGACAGUGGUUGGCCCUGGGGAUGUUCUUUACAUCCCAAUGUACUGGUGGCACCAUAUAGAGUCAUUACUAAAUGGGGGAAUUACCAUCACUGUGAACUUCUGGUAUAAGGGGGCUCCCACCCCUAAGAGAAUCGAAUAUCCUCUCAAAGCUCAUCAGAAAGUAGCCAUCAUGAGAAACAUUGAGAAGAUGCUUGGAGAGGCCUUGGGGAACCCACAAGAGGUGGGGCCUUUGUUGAACACCAUGAUUAAAGGCCGUUACAACUAACCUGCCAGAGGUCAAGGCCUCCUGUCAGGUGACUGCUAUCCUGUCCACAUGCUUCGUUGAUGAGGACAGGACACUCCAAGCACUAGUAUUGCACGCUGCACUUAAUGGACUGGACUCUUGCCAUGGCCCUGGAGGCAGGUGUCUGAGGCAAGGCAGGGUAGUUGACUCCACUCCCAUUUGGAAAGGUUUCUCACCCUUGCCUCUUGAGCCCCAGAACCUUCCCUCUGCCCCCCUGAAGUCCUGCAUUUAGUGUGUGGAGUCCCAGCUUCUGGUUGUAAUCAUGUCUGUGUUAGUCUGUUAACCUCAGGGUGUGUGUGUGUGUGUACAUGUGUGCAUAUGCAUGUGUGUAUACACACACAUGCAUGUAUCUGUUCCUUGUUCCCUCUUCCUGGGUCAGGAUGUCACUUCUGGCUCUCAGCUCCUGUCUCCUGAAGCCUCAGUGCCUCAGCCUGGGAGGAGAGAUGCUCCUGUGUCCCUACAACAUCUGGGCUGUGGUGCCAGAAUGACUCUGCACAUGAGUCUGCCUUCUGCCAGUUUUUGCAGCAUAGUCAGGCUACAAACCAGGUGGCAAUAACUGCUGGGGCCCUAAUGGGGACAUUGAGAAGGAGGCUUAUCUUUGGGAGGUAGCCUUCUAGUGGAAGAGGAUUAGAUAAGAUUCCAGUUGAGAACUACAUGCUUAAGCCAUACAUAGAAGGAAAACUUGGGGACCUGAAACCAGGAUUGUGCAUAUGUCCAAAUACAGGCAUUUGCAGCCGUUCUCUUCAGUACCAGCUCCUGUCCCUGUGCUGCAAUGAGGGAUUCUAGCUCUGACUUUUUUGGGCUCGAGGGGUAUGAACCUCUGCAUGUGUGUGUACACAUCUGCACACUUGUAUGCAUGUGUGAUCACACUUGCCAUCCUUCUUGCUUACUAAGGUUCUCAACUGCUAACAUUGUCCAGUGUGGCAGUACAGCGUGAACCCCAGAUACUGCCUGACUCAGCCUAGAGCUUUUACACUCGGAUUUUAGCCAUCCCGUCUUGGUCAGAUCUUACUGCAGCCUACCUAAAGCUGACUGGCUCAAGCCUCCCAGUCCUGUGUCUUUCCCUGUCUGAACCACAUCCCUGCUCCUGCUGAGCUUCCUGGCUGAGUAGAUGAAAUGGGGUCAGACUUAGGCAGCUAACUCAAUACCUUUCAUCCACCUCAGGGCAAGGGGAAAAAAAAUGUCCUCUUGCCUCUUAGAGCCAGCGCCUCUGCCAGACCCAACAAAGCGUCGCAUGUGAGCUGGAGUAGAGCUGGGAGAGCUUGGAGAUAGAAUUUACUUUUCUGUUGGUAGCUGUUUAUGGGAGCCCUCCUCGGGGCUGCAGCUUAUAGCUCUGUGUUACACAACACAGAGCGCAAUCAUUUGUAUCUGUUAAGAGGGAAUGGGGCCCCAGCAGCUUGGCAGAGUGGUGGCCCCGUGUCCACUUACCUCAAGUCCCUUCCUUCUCUGUCAACCUUUUUUCUCUAAAAUUGGAGUUGGAAGUCUGAUUUUAUUCUUUUCUUUGCCACCUUUUAGUCCCCUUCCCUGUAGAUUUGACCUCCCGUGUUCAAGCUGUGGGUCUUAGCCCUGAAGCUCAGCUUACAGCGCCCCAUGGACUGAACAGAUGCAGGCGAAUGCUUGUGCACCCGUGUGCGUUUAGGGGCGGGAGCUCUAGCCCCCACUCUGGGCUCUGCAGUGUGGUUGCGCAGACUUGGUACCUUCUUGAGUAUGGCUCUUUAAAUACAGCCCGUGCUGGGCAGUGUGAUCGCGGCAAACGCAUGCCUCCAUCUCUUUUGGGAACGAGGGAUGCAGCAGAAGAGGGAGGCAGAGUGGUAUUAGUUUGGCCACCGUGGCGGAUUUUCAUUCUCCGCAGAUCUAUGGUCCUGGCUCUGCCCUCAAAGGUGUCUGGGAUGUGUGGCAGGGAGUCUGGAUCUGCUCGGUUGACCCUUCAGUAUAACUCUGCUCUCACAGGUCUGACCUAGGGUGGCUGAGGGCAGCGAGAGAGAAGGUGAGCUUAGGCACCAUCACAGGAUUGGCCCUGAUGCUGGGAUGAUGUCAUGGCUGUUCCUGGUCUUAGACACCUGAUGUGUACCUGUUGUUUCUAGCUCUGUCCCUCACAGUGCUGCGUGGUAGUCAAGAGCAAACCUAAUGCCAUUUAGCUAUAAACCCACUACUCCCUGCUCCUCCAUUUCUUCCAAAUGCUGUUGGUUCUCUACCUCACCUCAAGCCUUGUUCCCUAGAGAGUGUGCAGGUAGACUCAGGCAAGAGGGUGUGGAAGGGUGAAAGGCUUUGGGGGUUCAGCUAGAGACAUGGAAAAGCUGCCUAGAAAGCCAUCUUAACAAGCUAAGGGUUCUGGGAAGAAGCAGAAGAGUGAGCUUCGGCCCUGCGGGGGAAAGGGGUGCUGUAGGUCCUGUAGCUCCUCUCACCACACCUCUGCAUGCUGAGAGGAAGCUCUGGUAACCCGAUUCAUAUUCUGCUGGGCCACUUCCUCCUGGGGAUGGCAAGCAGGGACUCACCUAGGCUAGGGUCUCAACCCUAGGGCUGUUGAGGCUCCAGUUGUACUUGCAGCAGAGCAGGCAUCACUAUUGUGUACCCAUUCUAGCCAACAGCCUGGGAGUCAGACGUGCCAAGGAAGGUGGAGACCUGGGCUUGUCCAGGGGUCAGCCAUCUUGCAGGCUCUCGUGUUUAUACCAGCAGUACAGUGAAAACUACUGUUUUGUGAAGUCAAAUAUUUGCUGGGGGGUUAGAGUUAUGGGGUGGAGGAGGGGCUGUUCUGGGCAUCAGUUGAGCAGAUGCCCAGGAUGCCUGGGGGAGACCAGCUUCCCCUACAAAUCAGAGCUCUAAAUUACAAGGUUUUUACCAACGCGAACAGUUGGGGGAAGUCGUCUGCUCUCAUUUGCGUAAUGGUUUCUGUCACUGGUGAUUAGACACAGGAUGAAGGAAAAGAAAUUUGACAAUUAGGAAUGAGCCAUCAUUAAUCUGAAUCUGUUAGGAGACAGAGAGGGGAAGGCUCCUUACUAUUGGGCCAACCUAGUAUGGGGAGACACUCCCUAUUUCUGACCCCAGAAUCUUGUGGGCCAGGUACCCUUUUGGAGUUCCCACAAGUGUGGGUGGAGUUUGUAUGCCUUCAUAGACUGGAGUCCAGGCCCAGCUUGAGGUGGGUUUGCAAACAGACAUCUUUCUGCCUGAGCCCUCGCAGUUGAAGGUAGGUAGGCUGGUUACUGCGUGUGCUCAGUUACAGGAAGGAUCUCUGUAGUAGUCAGCACUGUUGCGCCCCACCUGUGACAGGGAUCUGUCACUUCGAAGCACUUGAGCUUGUGUGGGAAGCCUGAGCUUCAUCAAACCCCAGACACUGGUGGAAGUUGGAAAGGAAACCGUAUGAAGAGUAGCAGAGCCUAGGUAUGUGCAAGGAGGGGUGUGAGGAAGAGCUGGUCCAGCACAGGCUGUCUGGGAGGAGACUCGGCCUCUCAGCAGCGUUGUCUUACUCUGGAUCAGCGAGCCAUUGCUGUGGGGAACACUGAGGUUCCUGGCUCAGUGACCCAGUGAUGUGGCUAUUGAAAAAUGGAGAGUCCAGCGUAGAUCUUCCAGUGUUUGCAAGUUACCUCACCACUCACCCCCAUCCCUUCAAACGCCUAAGAAUAUUAGUCUGUACCAAGUAGUGGUCCUCACCAUUAGUGUGUUCCUUAGACCCCAGCCCCCCCAAGGUUUGGAGGGGGCUCCUCUGUCUCCUUUCAUAAUGUGAACUUCUCAAGGAUGGUGCUAUCUCAGUCCUUGGUAAGUUCCCUACCUCUGUUGUCUUUCAUCCUUCAAAACUUGGUGCAGAAUUUAGCAAGGGCUACCAGCAGUGACCCUCUGACCAGUUUUUCCUACAUGGCCAGGGGUGGGGAUGGGGAUAGCUCAGGGUUGUAGAGGCCAGGCCUUUCCAGUUCCUGUUUCUCUUGGUGUCCUCUUGACCCAUCUUUAAGAGGAUCCUUGAGCUUUCUCCUAACUAGGCUCUCAGUGGCCUCUUUACCAAGGCUCUUUUCCUCAAAGACGCUCUCUGGCUCCAAGUGCUGGGCAGCCUGGCUGGAGGAUCCCUCUCCACAGGGUCUGUCCCUGCCCCUGCUUCACUUCUGACCUCAGGUAGCUCUGUUGCUGUGUCCCUGCUGAGUUGCUAUGUCCGUCUGCUCUGUCCACUUACCAUUCCUCAGUCUUUCCAUGCUGGGCCGUUGUCUUACCAUGGCCAUCCUUCCUACCUUUUCUUCAGCCAGCUCUGUUUAAUUAUAGACCCAUAGGGUCCUGACUGGAGCCCCAUUGAGCACUUUGGGGACGUUUCUGGAGGAACAGAGGCUCAGAAACUGGUGUCCUCAAGGCCCAUGGGCCUGUGGUUAGCGAAGCCUCGGAGACAACUGGGGAGGAACUUGGAGAGGUGAAGGACUUGGUGAGAGACUUGGAGAAAGAGGCCAGGCUUGGGAAAGCAGGGUGGCAGGAGCGAGCUCUGUUUUCCAUGAGUGUGUCCUUGUGCCUUAGGGUCCAGCAGUUCAGGUAUGAGGGGCAUUUUCUGAAUGCCUCCUAAUUUCUCUCAGGUCUUUGGCUCAGUGUCACCAAGUUUGACAGACCCCUUCGUUCCUGAGCUUGCUAGAAGGGAAGCAGCACGUUGAGUGGUGUGGUGUGGUGCGAGAGCGGAGGCCUCCCAUGCAGAAGGCUGGGGUGGUGGACAAGAGAAAGGGCCCGGUGGUCAGCUUCUCACCGAUGACUCUCCAUGCCUCAAGAGACUGAGUAUAGUAGUUGGUUCAAGAAGUUACUCUAAAACUGCCUGCCCUCUUCACCUAAAGUCUGUUCUCAUUUCGGGGAGGAAUGCAAGUCCUUAAUUUUCAAGGGAAGACAGUCUAGUGUUUAAAAGCAUGUGUCUGGGGUCUGGUCCCUUUGGUACAUUUCUAGCUUGCUACUUACCAGCUGGGUUUGACCUUGGUUGAUUGAUUGAACCCGAGUCUCGGUUUCCUUUCCUAUAAUGACUUGUGGGGGUGGGGGUUUGAAAAUAUCUACCUCAGGGUUGCUGGAUGAACUGAAAUAAUGUCUGUAAAGCUUUAGCACAGUGCCUGGCAAGCACUUAAUAAACGGCUGUGGUGGUGGUGGUUUA